GCUCGAGGUAUAAAGUCGGCGUCUGCACCGUGCGUGCUCGAGGUUAAGUCGGACAAGAGAUCCGCGCCGCCCCAGGUUAUUUUCGCAAUUAGGCAUCCACAAACCUUGCGAAAACUCCAUCUCAACCUCACCUGCUCACACUUCACUUGCCUUCCCCCUCUCCUCGACCAACAUCCGUGUUUAAGCACAACAUGGUCCCCAUAUUCGUUGCACUUUACGACAACCCAGGCAUCCUCCACUGGAGCCUCCACAUCGAGACCGAAAACGACGCCGAAAAGACAACCAUUCAAAUACUUGGCGCCCGUCAGCGGUACUUUCCUGAUAUAAAAACGCCCUCGAACGGGCGCCUUUUACCUGACCUCAUCGAAUUGUGCCCGCUCUGUGACGCUGGUGCAAGUAAACUCGAGGCUCUCAAGAACAUCGCGUAUGCUACGCCCAUUCGCAAUGAGGAGGCCGACUAUAGUUGCCAGGAUUAUGUCCUAGAUGUCUUGUUGAUGCGGAAGAUGAGCAGUAUAAGAGAAAGAAAGCCACUGUUGCUGGGAGGCGCGAAUCAUGGGGUUAGGAUAGUCUGCAUCGGAAGUCGCCGUGCCUGAGAACGGAAUGCGGAAGAGGUUAUUGCGACCGGUUGUGUGCCUGUCCAACACGUCAAAUAAUCAAUUCCGCGUAUCCCAUCGGCCUGAAUUUGUCUUUCGGCUCCAUAGGUUGUUACCCGAUGCCAUUUGACUAUCGCGCGAACGUGAGAUCAUACUGGUGAGGUGGAACUCGGCGCAUAGGAGGAAUAACUUACGUCCUUUAGAGGCUUUGGCCAUUCAAUACAAUGGGUAACUUAUAUAUUUCUCUUGGACGCUAUCGUCUUGAUAGUCA